CGCUUGUGCUGCUGCCACCUUCACGCGACGCCUCCUGCUUGCCCCCCUAAGGGCUGCGCUGUGGCCAAGAGAGGCUGCCUGGUGUGUGUGUGUGUGGAGGAGGAGCAAGGAGGUGGAUAGAGAGAGGGAGAGAAAGUUGCGAAGAAGAGGAGGUGCUGGGAGCGGGCUGGCUUUUGGUGUAAUUGUCCCGGGGUGGGGCGUGUGGGUUUGGCGGUGUUGUGGGGAACGAAGUUGAGUUUAAGUAGUGGGUGGGUGGUGGUGGUGGGUGUGGAAGGCUGCUGCUGUGCCUACAGUCACCCCGGCCAGCACAACACGUGCUCACCAAUCGCAGUUUUGUUGCGUAGGGAGAGGGAGAUGAAGAAGUGAGAUGAGCCGGUAGCACGCUCCGUGUGCCCCGUGCCUCUUCUUGCCGUCACCGUGCGGGUGACUCCGUGCGAGGUGCAGCGACUCCGCUUGUGAGAAGAAUCGCGGCUCUCCCCAUCAGCCGUCACCUGCCCGUCCAUCACCACCAGCCGUGGCUCUUGUUGGGCCAGCCGUGGCUCUCUGCGUCGCCAACGGCCGUGACUUUGAGCGUCAACGGCCGUGGUUGAAAGCCGUGAAAACGAAUUCAUCCGAGCGUCACCAUCACAACCCUCCCCUCCCAUCAUCACCACCACCACCACCAACCCCUACCACCACCACCAACGACCCGUCAUCCAUCUGAUCGCACGCCUGUCGACAACUCCACCGACUUGGCAGAGAGAGAGGGACCCCUUUCCUCUCCUCCAGCCGCCCUUGGCGCAAGGCGACCGCGAUUUCAUCCCGAGCGAUGGCCACCGGCUACCGCAACCCGAACGCGUCGGAUUUCCUGGAGGAGUGGAAGGCCCGGCGCGAGAAGCUUCGUUCCAGAAUUCCGGGAGCUCCUCCAGCGCCGAGUCCCGCGGGUGGAUUGUCCAGCAGCAGCAGCACCACCACCGCCGCCUUUGGUGGUGGAGGAGGAGGUGGUGGUGGUCUCCGCAACGGGGCACCUGGAGAGGCGACAUCUCAGGCUGGCGGUGGCCUCGCCCCAGGCGUGUCGAGUCUCGCCGGGGCCUUCAACUCGCUCGCCGUGGCGCCCGUGGCCACGGCGAGGGCCACGGGGCCGGGGGCCACCGCUGGCAGGCGGCCCGUCGAGCCUCCUGCCGCGGACAGGAAGGCGGCGGUGGCGGUCCAGGAGAGGACGGGGGGCGGCGGUGGGGCCGACGCGGCAGGGGCCGUCACCAGCAUCGGCACCACCGGCACCACCGGCACCACCACCAGCAGCAGCACCACCGGCACCAUCACCACCGGCACCACCACCACCGGCACCACCACCACCACCAUCUCGUCGUCGUCGUCGGCCGUCAAGGAGAAGAAGGCAGCAGCGGCAGCGGCGGCGGCCGGACCGAGCGCCAGGAAGAGCAAAGGGCAGAUCGAGAAGCGCAAACUGCGCGAGAAGAGAAGGUCGACGGGGGUGGUCAACCUCACCGCAGAGAGCCCAGAAGAGGAUGAGGAGGAGGUGCGUCAGAAGCAUCGGCCGGACGAGGAGGAAGCGACGCAGCACAAUACCUUAAUCAACGAGACCUCACACAGGCCAAGUCCUAUGGGCAGAUGGAAAGGGGCCGGCGGUGCCGCUGACGAAGCGGCGGUGGCGGUCCCGGCCGCGGGGCAGACGCGUGCGGGCCCGGAAUGCCUGGCGAGGGCCGCCCGGCGCGAGGGCCCAGCGGGCGGGGCCCUGGAGAGGCGUGUGGACGAGCUGGAGAAGGAGCUGGCGCGCGAGCGGUACGAGAAGCAGCAGCUCGGGCAGCGGCUGGAGGAGAACGAGGACGUCGUGCGCAAGCUGCACGCCGAGAUUGACCUUCUCAACCGGGAUCUGGACGACCUGGAGGACGAAAACGAGCAGCUGAAGGAGGAGAACAAGACCCUGCUGCGUGUGGUGGGCCAGCUGACAAAGUGAGGUGUGGCGGCAGCAUCGCGGUGGCGGAGGGGGUGGUGAGCUGCGCAGAAGCUCUCCCGCACAGCCGAGGCCGUCCUGCGCAACUCACCGACCUCCUGCAAAAACUAGCGUUCGUAGCGAGACGAGAAUCGCCCCCCCGUUCAGCUGCCGAUCUAAAAGAAGUUUGGGGAUUUGAAAAAAUAAAUAUGUUUGUUUUCUUCCCCUUUUGUUUCUCACCCACUGGACCGACGACACCGAUGCUGGCGACGGCCGGUUGUGGUUCCCGCAUUGAGCCAGGCCACGGGGGGGAUGUCGCGGGAAGACGGCGCGUGACGUCCGUCGCUUCCUGAACCAGCCAGCGGUUUGGGGGAAAAUUAAAUGAAUCUAUCAAUGUGGGGGGGCUAGGCGAAUUUUAGAAGUGGUGGGGGGGGGGAGGUAUGUUGCGGGCACGGUGGUUGCUUUGGGAAGCUAGAAGGUCAAUUUUGCACAUUUCCCAUCGCCCCUUUCAUGUCAGCCGACUGAGGAUGCAUAUCGGGGGGCCGGUCUUUUGUAAGGAAAGGCAGUGGUGGGGAGUGAGACUCCUGAGAACGCCUGAACGGUGUUCCUCCAAGGGGGGUUGGCGGCGCUGUGAAGAACGCUUGCGCACACGAGGACAGUGUCAACCUCUCUCUCACCUCGGCUGUCGAUCGGACGUGGCCAGGGCGCGGAGACCCUUGGGAGUCAACGGAGAGUCCCUGAACCACAAAGGAUGCGAGAAAGCGGAGACCGGGUGGGACUGUUGGACAGUUACACACGUGUGCUUGCUUUUUCCAGCCACGCUGGCACAGGUGCGCAGGCGUGGAUGUGUUUAUUGACAUCACCGUCGAGGACGUUUGAGCUGUAGAAUUUCGUUGCCAAAGUUUGCAGCAAAAAAAAUUAUAAAUAAAAAACUACAAAUUGCAGUGACGUGAGCGAUUUUUAGCAUGCUGAAGUGCCUUGUCAACUAUUUGACUCUUGUCAGAAAUGCUGUACAAUCAUCCGCGCGAGUGUUUUCCGCUUUGUUGGCAGAGCGAUCGAUGGGCCACUCUCGCCAGUUUAACGUUGCAAACAGCGCACGUUUUGAAGGCCUCUUUGUUCAUCGCACACUUUCACGGAGCGUUUUCGAGCACCCUGCAUGCUUUCUUUGGCUUAUUUCCUGCGUCGUUCCCACCAUUGUGGUCUUAAUCGACGUAAGCAUUAAGAUGCAAAAAACACAAUAAUCCUUAAAUUUCGAUUUAAAGCUUUCGUGACUGCAGGGAUUCAUAUUCUUGGUUCUACGUGACUUUACCGAAAGAACCAAGAAUAACAAGAAUCCUUCUUGGAGCAGACCGUUGCUAAGGUACGCCUUCUGGCUCGUCAACUUCUCCGCGCGCUAUUUAUCACUUUGAGCAUAUCUCUUGAACGGCGUGUUGAGGUUGGAUUUCGACUGGCUGUUGUGCGCAUACUGUAUACGUGGCCCAACGCACGCAAAGAUGCCACAAUCUUUGAACACUGGCCACUGUCAUGGCGGAUUACAGCACGGUUGCCACCUGUCCUGGUUUUUCCAGGAUCGUCCUCUUAUUGAGGUGGGCUUUUAGCUCACCCGGGAAUCUAUAAAGUUUUCCCGUAACAUCAAAAGUCCCAGUUUUUGUCAGUUGCAUAACAAGAACAACCCACUUCGUAUAUUGGUUUUGCAUGUAUUUCUCCUCUGUUCUGGUAUUGCACGCUAUUAUUGUUUUUCCCGUGAUAUGUCCCGUUGUUUUUUAUUUAUACCUUUGAGAGGUGGCAGCAACCAACCCGAGGUCACAGCAUCUCGCAUUGAGCAAUCACCAUUUUGCCCACUCGAAUUCACAACUUACAAAGUGAGGUUUCGCAAAUUACCUCAUAGGGCUCCUGUGCAUGUGUGUGUGUGUGCGCGCGCACUACUAACCCGACGGCCCGAGUUCGAUUCCCGCUCAUGGCCAACACCAGUGACGAUUAUCUGAACCGGUCAUGGGCCUUCCCUAGGUCGACUCAGCCUUAAAUGAGUACCUGGUGCGGUGUGUAGUAAACAUUGCCACUGCGGAGACAAAGGCGGCCGGGCGUGGUGUUGGCCACCCACCCCCCUCGUGUGCCGUUCCGGCCUUUAUAACUGCUCGCGAACAGCACUUGCCCCAACAGUCUGUUAGAGGCUAUACGGGCGAUCCUUUGUCUUUGUGACAGUUUAAAAAAAAGAACCAACUGGCUUGUUGUGUUUCUGAUGUGGUCUUUGAUUGAUCACUUGCUCGUUUUUGCCUCAGCGUGUUUGGUUAGACGUGUACACAAUCGUGGCCACUAAUCACACCCUUCCAUAACAAGAUUCGAAUUGAACAGGUCAAUGAGACUGUGACGGCCAAUCGGCCGAAAUGUCGACAUGUCACAUCUUCUCCAUAAGAGUUCAAAAGCGUACGAAUUAUUAUUUUCCGAUGAACCUGUUAUUUCACGUAUAUAUAUCUUCACAGAAGCAGAAACUUGAUGACUCUUACAGGAUUAGCAUUGGUUUGUUUGAAAUGUAAUCUAUCGAUAAUGAAUGCAUAUGCUCGUAUGUACACAUUCAUAUUAUAUUACUGUGCCUUGUAUUACUGUAUAUUUACUGAAAAAUAAAGAGUACUAAACGUUG